CGCGGGCGGAGCGCUGGCGGCAGCCUCAGUUGGGUCGGGGCUGCCAGGUGAGGUUUCCCUGGCGUCCCAGCCUGGCGCGCGCACGUCCCCGCUGCUUGCGGUUCUAGGCGCUGCUGGAAAGGAAUAAUGCUGUCAGCAUGUCUGCACACACCAUGCUUUGUGAACGAAUCGCCAUAGCCAAGGAACUGAUCAAGAGAGCAGAAUCGCUUUCUAGGUCAAGAAAAGGUGGCAUUGAAGGUGGUGCAAAGUUGUGCAGCAAGUUGAAGGCUGAAUUAAAAUUUUUACAGAAAGUAGAAGCUGGGAAAGUAGCUAUUAAGGAAUCCCAUUUACAGAGCACUAAUUUAACGCACCUAAGAGCUAUAGUGGAAUCAGCAGAAAACCUGGAAGAAGUUGUUAGUGUUCUUCAUGUUUUUGGUUACACAGAUACCGUGGGAGAAAAGCAGACCCUUGUGGUGGACGUUGUUGCAAAUGGUGGUCAUACUUGGGUGAAAGCCAUUGGCCGGAAGGCUGAAGCUCUGCAUAAUAUUUGGCUGGGCAGGGGCCAGUAUGGUGACAAAAGCAUCAUUGAGCAAGCUAAAGACUUUCUUCAGGCCAGUCACCAGCAGCCAGUGCAGUAUAGCAACCCUCAUAUCAUCUUUGCAUUUUACAACAGUAUCUCCAGCCCCAUGGCAGAGAAGCUGAAAGAAAUGGGCAUAUCUGUGAGAGGAGACAUAGUAGCAGUUAACUCUCUGUUAGAUUACCCUGAAGAGCUCCAACCCAGUGAGAGUGAAUCAGAUGACGAGAGCCCUGAACGUUUCCAGGUGACCAGAGUAGACCGGAAAAAUAUACUAGCAAGCGUUGCAUUUCCAACAGAGAUUAAGGUUGAUGUGUGCAAAAGAGUAAAUCUGGACAUUACUACUUUAAUCACAUAUGUAUCUGCCCUCAGCUAUGGAGGUUGCCACUUUAUCUUUAAAGAAAAAGUGCUAACAGAACAAGCAGAACAAGAGAGGAAAGAGCAGGUUCUACCCCAGCUUGAGGCAUUUAUGAAGGACAAGGAGCUGUUUGCUUGUGAAUCUGCUGUCAAGGAUUUUCAGUCUAUUCUAGACACUUUAGGAGGACCUGGGGAGAGAGAGAGGGCCACUAUGCUAAUUAAGCGAAUUAAUGUGGUGCCAGACCAGCCUUCCGAGCGAGCCUUGGGACUAGUGGCCAGUUCAAAAAUCAACAGUCGUUCAUUAAUGAUUUUUGGGACAGGAGAUACCCUAAAAGCCAUCACAAUGACUGCCAAUAGUGGUUUUGUGAGAGCUGCCAACAACCAGGGUGUUAAAUUUAGUGUGUUUAUUCAUCAGCCCAGAGCACUUACUGAGAGCAAAGAGCCUCUAGCCACCCUCUUACCAAAAGGCUACAGAACUGACACUGAACACUGAAAUAUGUUAUUUAUACCAAAGGUUGGGUCUUACCAUCUUAAUUGGAGUGGGGAGAAAGGUCUUUAGUAAAAAUAAUAACUUAGAAUUCAAACCAGUAGAGUUGAUUUGCAGAGAGACCACAGGAGACAAACUUAUUUACAGUAAUUAAAAACAGAAGAACAUCUAUGUAAAGCUUUUAGCUGUAUCACAAUGCUUUUGUUUCAAUAGGGCUGCAAAGCUCCCUACUGGUAAUCACAUUUCAUGGAAUAUGGCUACACUGCAUCUUGCAUUAAACACCUGGAGAAAACUGAA